GUCAUCUCUCUCUCUUUCUCUCUUUUAAUAACGUGAAAAAAAUCCACUGUUCUUUUAUAUUUGUCAUUGUUCUUCUUCAGAUCCAGCAACAUGGUUUCUACAGAAGCUGCUCGAAUGACCGUUGGUGUUAUAGGAAACAUUAUCUCACUUUUCUUGUUCUUGUCCCCAGUGCCAACUUUUGUUCAAAUAUGGAAGAAAGGGUCAGUGGAACAUUACUCACCAGCACCAUACCUUGCUACCCUAAUCAAUUGCCUGGUCUGGACCUUUUAUGGGUUGCCCAUGGUGCACCCCCACAGCACCCUGGUGCUGACCAUCAACGGCUCGGGGAUCACCAUCGAGCUCGCAUACAUAAUCCUCUUCUUCAUCUUCUCUGACAAGAAAAAGAGGCUCAAAGUUUUGCUCGGCCUGCUGAUUGAAGUAAUAUUCGUUAGCGUUCUCGUAGCUUUGGUUUUAACCCUAGCCCAUUCACAUAAAGAGCGGUCUUUGAUUGUAGGCAUCAUAUGCAUUUUGUUCAACGUCAUGAUGUACGCUUCACCAUUGGUUGUCAUGAAAUUGGUGCUUACGACAAGAAGUGUGGAGUAUAUGCCUUUUUCCCUGUCCCUCACUUCCUUUGUCAAUGGUCUUACCUGGAGUACUUAUGCUCUUAUUCAAUUUGACCCCUUCAUCCUUGUACCCAAUGGGGUGGGAGCAGUAUUUGCGAUGAUCCAGUUGAUUCUCUAUGCUAUUUUCUACAAAUCAACAAAGAGACAAAUUGCAGAAAGGAAGGGCAAAGCUGGCCAGAUGGAUUUGUUAGAGCUAGUGGUGAAUGGAGAAGACUCUAAGAAGGUUGGCAGUGCACCUUAGAAUGGUGAGGACUCUCCCAUUGCCUUCGUCAGAUGACUGGAUGGAAUGAACCCACUUCAAAGAAGUGUUAUUAGUCGGCUGUGAUAAUAUAUAUCACAAACACAUGUAGUUU